UUUGGGAAAGGCAAAGAAAGAGGUGAAUAUUUAUAGUUAAGGAAGUCGAUCAAUCUCCCAAUUAAGAAUCAAAAAUCUAUCAGAUUGAAGCAGUCGAAGAAUGGGUCGGUCCGAGUCACAGCUAGGAUGCAGGAAGCACGAAAACGAGAAGAAGCUGCCAGGGGUUUGUUCCUCUUGUCUAAGGGAGAGACUCUCGCAACUCCCUGCUUCUUCAAACAAGAUUAACGCAAUCGGCGGUGGCCGCUACUCUUGUUCUUCUUCGCUGUCUUCUUCUCCUCUUUACCCUGCCGCUUCCUCUUCAACCUACGUGUCUCCGAUUUUUGGCCGGCGCCAUCGUCGUGCUUCGGAGAAGAUGGGUUCGAUUUCUUUUACGCUAAAAGUUAGUAAUGGGCUGAAGAAGAGCAGAUCGAUUGCUUUUAUUACGAGCAGUACUCGAGCCGACGAGGUUGCGGGGAGUGGGAAGAAGAAAGGAGGGUUUUGGUCAAAGCUGCUUUGGUCUACAGGGAAGAGAAACAAAGAUGUUUUGAUCCAUGCAAGGUCUGCAAGCCAGAGGUUGGGGUAAUUAAUGGGAUUUUCCGGCCGACAAAAACAAUCUCCUGUAUAUAUUGGUUCCUUUGCAAGAUUUCAUAAAACAUGUUAACCCCCUUGUGAAGGCUGGAUUUGAUUAAAGUUUGAAUUAAGAGAGACUAAUCUGUUUUUUU